GCGCCGAUCGGCGUUCCCAUUGCGGCCGUUCGGGGUAGGGGGGAGAUGGGGCGCGGCGGAACCGAAGGAUGAGGGUCCGCCACCUUCAGUCGCAUCUUCAUGAAGAGAAGCUCAUCUACCAGGGAAGCCUUGAGGUCCUUCGAGGGCAACGUCUCGGCAUAGAUGCAGUGCACUGGCUUCGGUCGAUCCAGGCUCUGAAGGAUCCCUUCGCAGAUGCCCUGGGCGGAGUCCCUCCAGGGAUCUUUGGGGUCGUGGACAAGGAGCUGGAAGGCUUCCGAAGGCUGAGCAUCACCCCGGUCUUCGUCUUUCAAGGCAUGACCCCCGGGCCCAAGCACUCCAUGUUUGUGAACCGAAUGGACCAGCAAAUGAUGGACGCCUGGGCGUUGCUCGCCAGCGGCCACAACAACGAGGCACAGAGAUUCUUCGCAGUCUCCACCAGCCGUAUCAAUGGCGACUUUGUGUACUUCAUCUUUCAGCACAUGCGGCACCGCGGCUGCGAGGUGCUUCAGGCCCCCUAUUUCGCAGGUACGCAGUUGGUGCACUUUGCUGAGCAGGGCGUGGUUCAAGCCGUUUUCGGACCGCCUGGAUUACUGCUUUUCGGGCUGAGCAUGGCGAUUGUGAACAUCGACUUCAACUCAGCCACCUUCGACUGGAUCGACUUGGAGCGGAUCCUGGAGAAGUGGACCAUGACUCGGGAGCAGUUCGUGGACGCCUGCAUGCUGGCGGGCACCGAGUACUGCUUGACCUUUCCAUAUCUUCAAGUGGACCAGGUCUCGCGCUUCAACUUUGAUGUCGCGGUGAACGUGGCCAAGCAAGCCCCGCUUCUCUCCUGGCUACAGACCUUCCCCACGGAGGAGAUGAAGGUGGACCAUAUGGAGGGCUACUGCGUGUGCAAGCUCCUGAUCCAGAGCUCCCCGGUCUUCCACGUGGGGGAGAACUCCGUGCGGCCCUCCACGGGCCAUUCGUUUCAAGUGCCCAACGACUAUCCCUCCGUCUUGGGGGAUCCUUUGCCCAGCAGCCUGUACUUCCUCAUUGUGAGCGGCGUGCUUUCAGCGAAGUUGCCGCAGGCGUUGGCCAAGGGCGAGUGGCUCGACAAGUCCCAGCCCUUGGUGGACACCGUGGAGUACCGGCAACUGCUCUCAGACCUCACGGACUACCGGCAGCGCGCCCUGGGCCUUGUGGCGCGGCAUUUGCCGCUCUACUUCCGCAGCAAGCGCAUCCUGUGCAAAGCCUUCUGGGAGAAUAUGCAAAACCGCCGCAGCUGCGAUGGCGGACGCGCCAGGCGCUGGCUGACGCCUGAAAAGAUGCAGGAUGUGAUUCGAUGGAACAUCAAUGCCACAAAUGUGGCACAAGAGCUGCAGCGACAGGGCAUGACUAAGGUGGACUUCAAGUUCUGCUUGGCGUGGCAUGCCAACGAGUUCCUCACCGACGGCCCUUUGAUUCGCAACCUCCGGAGCGAUUCCCAGGAGGCCGGCCGAGGCAACGACACCAAGGCUGUGUCGGCCAUCGUGCACUUCAUGCUUUUAGAGCACUUGGGCCUUAUUGCCGACGACGGAGGCAUGACUGUGCUGGGGGACGUGCUCAAAGAUUCCCCGUGGCAGCUUCAGGAGCCGUGCCUCGUCGCCUUGGAGAUGAUGAAGUUCGGCAUCCUCAGCGGAGACCCGUUCGAGGCUGCUGAGAGGCCGUUUCCAGAGCAGGUGAAGUAUCCCAAAGCCCCGGUGGACCCCCACACCAAGAGCUUGCUGCUGCUCUCUCGGGUCAUGUCCCUUGUGCCCAUGAAGCUGAAGAGCGGCAUGUGGAACGCCGACGUGGACUUCGACCUCGCCGCCUUCCACUCCCUCGUGCGCUUGGUCAAACGCGCCUUGCGACAUUUGACAGAGGCAUCCUUGGUGUCGGUGCUUCUGCGAAAUCUUCACCGUGUCCGUCUGCUUCCAAGCAGCUUGCUGUGUGCGUCGGCUCCUGGUGAGGAGGGCGAGAGCCACGGAGUGCUGCCGACCUUUAUGCUGCCGCGGGCAUGCAUGGGCAUCGUGUGCCUCUUCUUUUUGAAGUACAAGGGCGAGGCCAAGUCCUUUCCCCGAGAGCUUACUGCUCGCUUCCCGUGCUGCUCACAGCCUCUGGAGGACCUGGCCAUGGCCUUCUUAUUCUGGGAGGACUUGAAACGCUGUGUCCUGAAAAUUGCAGAUCCUCUGGGUGCACAAGAACUUGCCGCAGAUAUGAAGGCCGCCAGCGAGGUCCUGGCGCGCCAGAAACAGGAACUGGGCCUCUGACCUCGUGAGUCGACCCACGCGGUUUUCACGGCGGCGGUUUUCACGGCGGGAGCGGAGCCAGGCGCAGAGGAGGUCCAAUGAGGCGCCAA